AUGAUGGAGAUGAGGUUGUUGAUCGUUGGCAUGCAAUACAAUAGCCUUGUUGGUGAUACACCCACUCCCAAGCAAACGGCAACACGACUUUUAGGUUUAGCACUGGAUGCGCAACAUGAGGACAAGAUCAGCAUCACAGUUGAACUAGCUCUUGUAAAACCAGAUCAAGCGUUAAAGUCAAUGAUCCAAUUGUAUGAACCUAGCAUGUUGAUUGUGGGAUAUCGAAACGUGCAAGGAAAGCAAUGUUGCUAG